CACCACAACCAUCACUGUCCCUUAUCCUACCCCCUCACUCGUUCCUUCCCCUUCCAGCAUGGACGUGCUGUCGCACCCUUGGCUCGCCAACGGGACCACGAGCUUUGUCGACACGAUCGGCGCCUAUGUCACGCCUGCUGCUGCAAAGACGGCCGCGGAACUGUACGCCAAUGUCGACGUGACGCAGCUCAACUUCCUGGAAAAGGCAUGGAUGAACUGGUAUCUCUACUGGGGCAACCCCAUCAUUGCCACGGGUAUCGCUAGCUGGCUGCUGCAUGAGAUUGUCUACUUCGGUCGUGCGAUCCCUUGGAUCAUCAUCGACUCAAUGCCUUCGAUGCGCAAGUACAAGAUCCAAGACGACCGAGUGGCGACGCCCAAGCAGCAAUGGGAGGCGACCAAGCACGUCCUUCUGACGCACAUGACCAUCGAGGUGCCGCAGAUUACGAGCUUCCACCCGCUGUGCGAGUACUUCGGUCUUGCGACAUGGCAAGUACCCUUUCCCAGCAUCACAACGAUGCUCUGGCAAAUUGGCGCCUUCUUCGUCUUUGAAGACAUGUUCCAUUACUGGGCUCACCGGCUACUGCACUGGGGUCCCUUCUACAAGAACAUCCACAAGAAGCAUCACGAGUUCUCGGCGCCUUUUGGUCUGGCAGCAGAAUACGCGCACCCGGCCGAGAUUAUCAUCCUGGGCAUGGGCACAAUUGGAGGUCCCUUUGCCCUUUGUGCCGUUACGGGUAACAUGCACAUCCUGACCGUCUACAUCUGGAUCACCCUCCGACUGUUCCAGGCCAUCGACGCGCACUCUGGCUACGACCUGCCGAUCAGCAUGCACAACUGGAUUCCCUUCUGGGCUGGUGCAGACCACCACGACCACCACCACAUGGCCUUUGUGGGAUGCUACGCCACCAGCUUCCGGUGGUGGGACCACUUCAUGGGCACUGACGCCAGCUACAAGCGCACACGAGCAAGGCAGGCAGAGGAAAAGGCGGCUGCAAAGGCAAAGGGACUUGAAUGGCCCCUCAAGCCACCCACAAAGUCGGCCACGGGUCGCGCCCUAGAAGCAAAGGACAAGUAAAUUCCUGUCUUCUUGCUAAUACUCCAUACCACCCCACCACUCGUCCUCUUCCGCCACUCCUCAUCUCGCAACUAAUCAAAUGCAAUACACUCCGAAACUACACUAGAAUUCCUGGCCUCUCCUUGUGUUCGGAAGAUGGCCCAUU